GUAUCAUCAGCUUUGGACGGGCCACCCGAAAUUCGGAUCUGGUGCGGCGAUGUCAAGCCUUGACCCCCUGGUUUGGCCGCUUGAAACGAUCUCCUUGCACUUUCCGGGAUAAGCUGCGAGCCUUACCGGCAAAGUUUUGGGCAUACGCCUUGCACGGCAUCGCGGGAUGCCCAUUGGCCGAAACCCACCUGGCAUCCCUACGUGCCCAGGCCGUCCGAGCACUUCGUUGCAAUACUGCAGGUUCGAGCUCCAUGUUACGCCUUUCUACCUGUGGCACAAUGGAGGCCGACCCUGGCUUCUACCAGCUUUGGUGUGUCUUGCGUGAUUUGAGACGUUUGGCCAUCAAGGAUGAUAAGGUGUUGCCAUUGUGGACUGCUUUUAUGUCCAGCUUUCAGGGGCAGCUUCUGCCCGGGCCUUUUUCCAAGUUGCUACAGGUUCUUGGUCAAAUCGGCUGGCGGGUUGCCAUGCCUCCGUGCAUCGUUGACCACGACGGCUUUGAGCACAAUCUCUUGCAGAUGCCUCUGCCUUUGCUUCGUCAGCUUUGUGAGCAGGCAUGGCUCAACUACGUAGCCUCCCGACAUAGGCACAGGUCAGCAAUGUGUGACUUGAACGGAAUUGAUCGUUCCCUUCUCGAGGCAGACGCAGGCCGACUCACUGCUUUGGAUCAGGCUCGUUUAGCCGCUUUGCGUAGCGGCGCCUUCAUGUUUGGCGCCAGUCUUUCCAAGUUUGACGCGACCAAUGAUGGACUAUGCCCUUCCUGUGGGGUACCAGACACAUCGGAGCACAGGGUUUGCCAAUGCCCACGCUUUGCAGCCGCUCGCUCUCCGCUUGCCUGGGUAUGUGCAGAGUGGCCCCACCUGCCUGUUUGUUUGCGGACCCACUUGCUGCCGCCGUGCAAUCCGCAUAUGCAUGCACUCCACGCUCAACUUUCGUUGCUCCCUGACCGCACAGCCCAGUUUGUCGGAACACGGUGCACCGAUGGUCCGCAACAUGUUUUCAGUGACGGUUCAUGCCUGCUUGCAGCCACACCUGCCUUUGCCCUUGCGGCAUGGGGAUGUGUUAACGCAUCCACCGGUGAAAUCCUGGCGUGUGGCCCCGUGCCUGGACUUGCCCAAACGGCCCCAAGAGCCGAACUUUGUGGCGCAAUUGCCAGCCUCAAGUGGGGACUCAAGGCGGAAGUUUCGCUGACGCUGUGGACGGACUCCACGAUGGUGGGGCGGGGCAUCCGUCGCCUGCUGGAUGGAAUUGAGGUACAUGCUUCCGACAACCCCGAUCUCUGGCAAUUACUGGCCGAGCUCGUUGCAGAGUUUCCAGCGGGCCACUUGAUGGUACAGCAUGUUCCCUCCCAUCUCGACCCUGCUCGAGGAACAUCGCCAUUUGAAGACUGGCUCAUUGAGUGGAAUGGCUACGCUGACACGGUGGCAGGUCUGACGAACCUCAAUCGGCCUGAGGCUCUACGACUGGCACAUGAACGUGCAUUUGGCUGGCACUCGCAUACAUUGGCGGCACUCCGGGCACUACGUGGAAUUUAUUUUGGCAUCGCCGACGCUACUUCGCUCCCGAAUUGCGCCAACACCCUGGAAGUGGAACUGGAGGAGCCUGAACCUCCGCUGCAAGUAAUGACGGUGGACUCCACGACCUCUUUCGUUGACGAGCUCCCGGUGUCUUGGCGACAGAUCAUUCAGGAUGGCUGCCCUGAUUUGCCAAGUUCUUUCCUGAAGCAUCUGGGCGACUUUUUGGUCACGCAAAGUCAAGCGGAUGGGCCAUGGGGGACACCUCUCUUGGCUGGAGCUGGUCUUCAUGAUUCAGGUCACUGGUGCUCCUAG